AUGGAGUGGAAUAACGAAAGAGUGUUAGACCUCAUAGAGGCUUAUAAAAAUAAACCAGUAUUAUGGUAUCCAAAGGAUCCAAAAUAUUAUAAUAAAUUUGCUAAAGCCGAUGCUUGGGAAGAGUUGGCCACACAAAUGAAUUCAACUUCUGAUGAAUGUAAAAAAAAAAUGACCAGCUUGAACGCAUCAUUUCGACGUGAAAAAAUGAAAAUAAAAAGUAGUCAAGGAACUGGCACAGGAAGAGAUGAAGUUUACGAAAGUUCAUGGUUUGCUUUCAAAAGUUUGGCCUUUAUUAUGGAUAAAGAUAAUCCUCGACCUACACUCAACACUGUAAGUAAAAACUAA